ACUAAGCAGGACAAAAAGGGACUCAUGGUACUUGAUGAUAUAUCGUCUGUAGUUAGUACACGAACAACCGUGGUAAAGUCUACUAAAGUUUUUACGAAGAACUCAGCAGUACUUUAAAAAGCCCAUGUUCAAAGUCGUUUCGGCGCCGAGCGAAGACAUUCUUCGCGGUCUCCGCGCGGUGGUGCCUGAUGACGAGGAAGAAUCUGUUGGAAACGGCACGGGAGCGCAAACGCAAAAUGGUUCCUUCAAAGCCGUCGAAGCCACCAGCAGCGCUCCCUCCGCCUACACGGCGGGAGACCAGGGUGGGGGUGCGGCAGGCAGUAGAGGCCGUGCUAGCGAUCAUGCGGAGGAUGGAAGGUAAUAAAGUACUAGCGCCGUAGUUGCUGUUCUGCCCGAGGAGAUGCGUUCUGCCUGUCGUGCCAAAAUGUUUUUGCAACUGUAACUGUUUCAUCAUUUGUUCUUGCAUGUUGCAUUCAAUUAGCAGAUCUUUGUUCAACGACUACACCUGUACAGGUCUUUAUCAACCUCCUCUUCCUCCUCCUCUUCCUACUUUGUCCCGAUCCAGCGCCCAGAUUUAGCCGCGAUGGAGGAAUUUCUGCAGAACACCUGUGGUAUACCGAAUCCACAGGCCGCGACAAGAGCUUCUUGCAGUACAACCGACCCGACGAUGAACCUAAAUCAUGGUGACGAAGUACUAGACUCGUCGCACCAUGAUCUCGUCAACAUGGAGCUCGAGCGCACGCUGGCCCGGGACCGGUCCAAUGCAGCGGUGACUAGCAAGUUGAAAGAUCAUAGCGCCGCAGCCAAAAUGAAAAGCCAGGCUGGUGGUGGGCCGACGUCGUCAACGCUUGUUCCUGCAACUACAGGAGGUGUGUCUACUAGUAGUGGAAAUAUGUGCACCUCUAGCAGUAGCAGAAGUUCUGGCAAAAAUAAACCUCCUCCGUCCCGACCGGAUUCCGCAGCUUCGAGCUCUCGUGGGCGAAAUAAUCGGGAGAAGGACAAUGCUGGUCCUGCUGAUCAGCAACAGAAGUCGUGUUUUAACGUGACAAGAGAUUUUAAAUCGGUGGAGCACAUGAAGAGGCAAGCGGAAGAGCUGAGACGCUUAGCGGAUGAAGCAGUGGCGAGAGUGCAGGGGAUGGACGGGUAUGAUAAUUGCUUUUUUUGUGAUGCUGUAUUUACUUUGGAAGGAUAGUCCACGACCGGUUCAUUGCAUGACAAAUUUGUGUACAUCUGAAUCUGUAAAAACAACAAGGCGGCCUCCACCUGACCAAGACGUGCGGAUUAUAUGGAUUGUAAACAUGUCUGGGUCUGGAAGGAUGUGAACUUGUGAUGCGCAUUUCACAACACAGACAAAUCUCUCACGCAUAGGCAGCAAAAGACGUCCAUUUCCUGUCACCAGAGUGGGGGAUUUGUCAUGCGGAGUAAGCAAUGCGGAAGCUUCUCGAAAUCUGUGAUGCUAGGGCUUCCAGGACAGACAUCCUGUGUCAUGCAAAAACAGCAGGACUCUUCCAGACUCAGACAUUUGUGCAUUUGAUAGAUUAAGCGGCUGAGCAACAUUUACGGAAACGCGAUGAGCGGAAACAGUGGCUCAACGUCCUAUCAAAUGUAAAAAUGUCUGGGUCUGGAAGAUUCUGAGAUUUGUGAUGCAUAUUUUGUAUGAUCCAUGAUUCAUGUAAUGCAUGCCCUAGCAUCACAGAUUUUUUGAGAGCUUCGCGAUGCCUAUUCCGCAUGACAAAUGCCCUCUCCGCGUAGCAAAAAUUGCAUUCCCUUUGCUGCUCAUGCAAUACAGAUUUUUUUGGAAUCCAAAUUCAGCAUCACAAGUUGCAUUCUUCCAGACCCAGACAUUUUUACAUUUGAUACGUCCGGAAAUAAAGCCAAUAACCCAAAGCGCCCCGCGACCCCGUCCGGACUGGCCGCGAGGUCAACGUUUAACACAACCACCUUCACGACGACAGCACAUAGUACGACUAACCAAGGCGGGUGUAGUAGCGGCGCUGGCGCUCCUUCGUCGUCCGGUGUAAAAAUGGAGGUGUGUGGUGGCGGUAGUAGCAGCAGCUCUUCAACAUCUUCUCCGGGAAAAAUCAACAGCCAGGAACUUCUACACAAUACAAAUCAUUCUCAUGCGCAGUCUGGAGGGAGUAGUUCGAGUUCUACCUCCAACCCUCAGAACAAUUACGGAUCUCGUGCGGUGAAGGACAAUGAGCAGAUGGCGCAUUUUUUCACGAACAUGCAGAAGGAGCUGGAGGAAAAGAUUUCGAAAUUGGAAGGCGAAAACCGCAAACUGAAGUCCCGAGUCGGCGCCAUGCAGGCGGAGCGACAGGCGCUGCAGACUUCCGGCCAGCAGUCGGUGCGGACCAUGCAAGUGCUGCAGGAGAGAGUCCAGGAAGGGGAGAAGAAAUUGGCAGCGGAAAAAAAGAAGUGCGAUGGUAAGAACAAAAUAGGUCGUUGAUUAGUAAAAAACCACUUUCUUUUAUUAUUUGGCAUGGAUAGUGCGUUCGUGCAGCUGUGUGUCUGAGAAUUGUUUUUCAUUGGUAUACUAGUACUCAUUUUUCGCACCGUGACAAAUUCAUGGAAUUAUCCAAGGUCUGGAGCGGCGGUGUCGGUUGCUGGAGAAUCGCGAAGCCGGUUUGCUUACCGAGCUACAAACCGCGUGCGAGGAGGUGGACAGCUUGUCUGCACGGGUCAGCGAAAGCAAAGACAGGGAGUCCACUAAUUCCGUUGAAGUAGAUCAGUACAAGCUGCAAAGCCACGCCCUGCAAAGCGACAACGCGCGGCUCCAGAAGACAGUAGCGAUUUUGCGGGAAGAAUUGGCGAGGAAGGAGCAGAGGAUACAGAAAUUUUUGCAGGGUGCUGGCGCAGGGGAAGCAGGGUCGUGAGAACAAGCGCUACAUCAUGGGUGCUGCGCUGCGGACAGCAUGCAACGAGAACUGAUCGGAGGUUCAAACACAACGAGACGGGUCAUUUACAGCAACAACUAGCUGGAACUUGUGUGGAGGUUACAUGUGUAAGAAAAGGCAGUGCAUCAUCAAAACAGCGCGAGCUGCUUGCAGUUGCGGUAAAACAU